UCUCUUCUCUGGUCUUGUCUCUGUUCCAAGAAUUCCAUCAAUUUGGUUAUCUGAUGAAUAAGAUGGAAACAAAAAUUAGUCAAAAAGAAUAUUUAAAAAAAUAUCUCGGAGGUUCUAAUGAAGCAAAGAAAAAGAAGAAAAAAAAAUUCAAAAUUGGAGUAAAGAAAGUUAAAAUCAUUGAUGAUGAUGUCGACCUAAAUAAUAUACGUCCAGUAGAAGAUGAAGAAUUUGCAAUUUUAAACAAUACAGAAGAUGCACCCCAAAUUGUCGGAGUAGUUGAUGAAAGAGGACCUACAGAUUUUUCGGAUAGAAAAAAAUGGAAAGUUAUAGCUGAUGAUGGUGAAGGAAACGUUGCUAUCACGUCAUUUAAUAAUGACAAUACUUUUAUUUCUCAAAAGAAAGAUUCAUUUAUGAGUAAGGACUCUAAAGUAAAAAAGAUUGAAACCAGUUCUGAAAAAACUUCUAAGAAACGAAAACAUCUUGAUGAAGAUUCAAGUCCAUCUCAUAAAUUUCAAAGUGAAGUUGAUUCAGAUCUCAAUUUACCACGUAAACACAAAAAGUCACAUCAUUCCAGACACAAUAAUGAAUCAGAUUCCGACUUAAGCCCAACUCGAGAGCCACGAAAACAAUCCUAUAAAGCAUCUAAAAGUAAUAAACAAUAUGAUUCAGAUAUGGAUCUAUCACAAAAGUCACAUCGAAAUCAUAGAACUUCUAAAAACAGGAGUAAUUUAGAUUUAGAUCUAAGUUCGUCACGAAAAGAAUUAAAAAAAACACAGAAUCGUGAUUGGUCGGAUUCAGACUUGAGUCCCCCUCGAGACUCACAUAAAAACUCAAUUAAAUCAUCAAGAAAUAAUCGAGGAUCAGAUUCCGAUUUAAGUCCGCCUCGUAGAUAUGAAAAUUCAAAAAAAUACAGAGAUGUUGAUCCAAAAUGUAAACCAUCGCAUAAAUCGUCUAGAAUGUCGCCAAGAAGAACAAGAAAUCAUCAUGAAAAAUUAGACUCAAAUUAUAAUUCAUAUCGUAAAUCUCAUAACAAAUCAAUCAGAAACCCAAAAAGCAGAGAAUCAGAUUCAGAUUUAAGUCCACCUAGACACUCUAGAUCAGAGUCCAAUAAUUUCAGACAUUCUUCAAAAUUACCAGAAUCAUCAAGACAUGAAAGAAGAUUGUCAGAAAGUCGGCAAUCUAAAUUAGAUAGAUAUCGCAACAAAUCAAGAAGUCCAGAAAAUCAUAGACAAUUGAAGAAGACUUUAGAUGGUAAAACAGCUGGAUUACAAAAUGCUCAAGAUUUGAGGGAAGAAACGAUGGCUCAUAAAAAGAGAGAAGCUGAAUUAUUCCGUCAAAUGGACAGUGAAACAAGUGGAGUUGGUCAAGCAGCAGUAUUGAGAGAUAAGAAAACAGGGAAAAGAAGAAAUUUAGAAGCUGAAGCUGCUGAACGUGAAGAAAAAGAGAAACGACAGAAAGAAAUCGAUGAAAAAUAUGCUCGAUGGGGCAAAGGGUUGAAACAAGUUGAUGAUCGGAUGGAAAAAUUGAAAGACGAUCUUUAUGAAAUGAGCAAACCUUUAGCAAGAUAUGCAGAUGAUGCCGAUCUUGAUGCAAGACUUCGUGCAGUUGAACGAGAGGGUGACCCUAUGUUAGAAUACAUUAAAAAGAAACAAAUAAAGGAAGGAAAAAGACAGCCUGAUGAACCGAGCUAUCAAGGGUCAUUCAUGCCUAAUCGUUUUGGUAUUAGACCAGGUCAUCGUUGGGACGGAGUUGAUCGAAGUAAUGGUUAUGAAAAAAAGUGGUUUGAAGCUCAAAAUGCUAAGGCUGCUAUACAAGAAGAAGCUUAUAAAUGGAGUACAUCAGAUAUGUAAUUAUUUGAAUUAAAUCCGAUUCAUUUAUAAAGAUGAAA